AUCACUUGUUGCUGCAGCCUAGAUACAAGUUCAGGGUCCUUCCAAAUUCUUGCAAUCAUUGUUAGCUUUCACCGGUUGCCGACUGCGUUCAGAAAGUCACUCAUCACACAAGCACUGCGGUAGAGGAGAAACAUAAUUCCGGUGUUUGCUUCUCGGGGUUUCAGUUUUCCAAGACAAUGUGCACAGGGAAAUGUUCGAGGCUCAUUGGUAUAGCUCUUUUCCCCCUCGGAAUCUGCGCCAUUAUUUGCAAUCUACUCCUCUAUUUCCCCAACGGAAAGAUUUUGGCAACAGAAGAGAUAACGGAUUAUGUGUGGUAUUUUCAUGGAAUAAUUGGAGCUGGAUUACUAGUUUUCCUCACAGCGUUUAUGACACUUGGGGCAGGUGGAGAAGGGUGUUGCGCAAAUAGAUGUGGAAUGUUGCUGUCUGUAUUGCUGGCUUUGUUGGGCACUGCGGGUGGAGCUUACUGUGUUGUCAUCUCUGCAAUGGGAUUGGUCGAAGGACCUCUGUGUGACACUGGAGAUGGAACAUACACCUAUCCUUUUAGAAAUGACACAGAGGAAGAGAGCUACUUAUUCCAACAGAACACGUGGGACAUUUGCCGGGAGCCUGAAAAUAUUGUAUUAUGGAACAUUGUCCUUUUCUCGAUCCUCCUGGGCUUGGGUGCCAUCGAAGCACUGUUGUGUGCCAUUCAGGUGAUCAAUGGACUUGUUGGAUUCCUGUGUGGCACCUGUUUGAGAAAAAGAAGGACUGGAGUAGCCUAAUAUCUGGGAUACCAUACUUGCCAUGCAAAGACAACAAACCAGAAGCAGUGUGUAUUUAUAAAAUGUUUAAUUAAAUAUUCUCCUGUUUCUCCAUAUUAAUUAAAUAACCUAAAAUGGAGAAGUAUUUUGUACCAGAAUAAACUGGUUAUCACUGAUAGUAUAUCUUGCAUUAUCAGGACUAAUGAUGCCAAUAACUUUGUAAAGUACAUUGUUAUUGCUAAAGUCUGACACGCCUGUGAAUUACCAUGUUUCAAUAUUUAAUAAAUUGCAUUUUCUAGUGAUGUA